AUGGAGAACACCACGAUCGCCCCAGCGUCCCCCAGCACCAUGUCUCCCACCCCAACGCUCCCCGACUCCAUGUCCGCGGCGCUCCUCGCGUACAAACAAAAGCUCGUCGAGCGCAUCCCCAAUACCGUCUCGGUCGGCUACCGCAACACCCUUCUCGACACCAUCGAGGCGGAGGUCGACGUCCCGAGCCUCGACUGCAAGCUCCGCUGGACUGUCGAAGCCGCUUACCACAACAACACAGAGCCCAAGUCCCACGAGGUCGUUGCCCUCUCCCUGUGCUUCGACUCGGGCGCCCUCGAGGACGACAGCCGCCGCGCCCAGUGCGACUUCUACGCCAAGCACCUAGACCUCGCACACCACAUGCGCCAUUGGUCCCUCCGGGGCCUCAUCGACAAGCACGACGCCAAGGUCCGCGCCGGCGGUAUCAACGCCACCUUGGUCAUCUCUGGCGACGGCAAUGCCGCCGGUGGCAGCGGUUCUACUCACACCGACAAGGCCCUUACCGCCGCUCGACGUCAGAAACGCCCGGCCUCCGCCGUCGAGGAUCUCACCCCGGGCCCGACCGGCCGUCACCCUGAUCCGAUGGUCGACCCGUCCACCGUCUACCACGAGAGCAAAUACACUCCACGCCUCAACUCCCUCGUCAAAAGCAGCGGCGCCAAGCCCAAGCGAGCCGUCGCGCCCAAGGGUCCCGUGAUUCCUCAGGCCGUCCUGGACCGCCUACCCCCUUCCUUCAUGGAUCCAGGCAUCGGCGGCUUCGCGCAGCUCAAGCAGCUCAGGAACUUGGACGCCGGCGAGAAACGGAACACGCUCCCUCCCUCAAACCGUACGGACAGCCUCAGGAACUCCGUUUCCAUUUUCGGCGACCCCAGCGGCACUGCCGCCGCCGGCUGGUCUUCUGCGUCCCCUAUCCCGAUCCACCAGGGCUCACCCCUCCCCGGCGGUGACUCGGAGAGCCAAGACACCAAGGAAGCAGCAGCCGCGGCCAUCGCCGCCGCCGCGGGUUCCAAAACCAACGACACCCCCGGUGACACGGCCGAGAACCCCUGGGUCGUCGCCGAGACGGCCGCCGAGACGCGCCUGUCCUCCCUCGCCGCGCAGAUCGCCCAGCACCACCGGCGCGCCCGCGACAAGCUGCAGCACGCCGCCGCCCUGCGCAACGAGCACGCCAGGAUGACCGAGCGGCAGCCGCUCGAGGACGGCGCCAGCCCGAAGGACCUUGCCAUCUACAUCAACGAGUCCCACGGCCUCGCGGGCCGCUCCCUCAGGUACCAGGAGGAGGCCGUGGCCGCCGUCGUCGAGGCGGGCCGCCUCGAGAGCGAGCGCGCCGAGGAGAUGUUUGAGAGGAUCAGCCGACGCAUCGACCGCGUCCAGAGCGUUGCCGUCGGCACGGCCGGCAUCCUCAAGAGGGAGAAGGCGGCGUACGCGGCACUUGCCGCGCAGCAGGUUGCCCAUAUGAAUGCCUCGAAGACCCAGAAGGAGAAGAGACUGCAGGAACAGGGCUAG